AUAAAAGGGGGGAUGAAUCCGCUUCUAUCUGGAGUCUUCAUCAAUCCAUCAGCAUCAGUCUCCAUUCACAUCGCAAUCAAUAUCAUUACGAGAGCUUUAUCUCAAUUUCAAAUCCAUAUAUAUACAUCAUCGUCACAAUGGUCAAGAUCGCCAUCCUCCCUCUCGCCGCGUUGGCUGCUUUUCCUCCCCUUGUCGCUGCAAACAACUGCAAAACCGGUCUGAACUACUGUGGUUACAACCUCUUGAACAUCGGGAAUUACGGAGCCCAGAUCAACGAAGCCCUCGAAAACGCCCACCAGCCUACUGACGACGCCCACAUCCAUGAGUCCCUCUUCCACUGCAAUGGUGGAGAAAAUGGAGAUAUUACCUUCCAGACCUACUGCACCAGCGGUUGCAAGGAUGGUGGCAGCGGCAGAAGUGACUACUGCUAAAUGCUUGGCGGUACAUUGUUCUCAUCAGGGAAUGUAAG